ACCGGCACCGACUGCGGUCGGGACCGGGACCGGGAUCGCGAUCGUGGCCGGGAGCGAUCACGGCGGUGGUCGGGAGCGGGCAGGGGCAGCCCCGGUGUCCCCGGCGGUCGCUGCUCUCCGUGCCCGGGCGGAGCGGCGGGGGCGCGGCCCGACACGGGCAGCGGGCGGGGGUCCCGGGAAAGGCCGGGCUUCGGGUGCCGGUGCUCCCAUCGCGGCGGGGGUUCGGCGCAGGGAAUGACCCGGGCUGUGGGCGCGUUCGAGCGGCUGGAAGGUGCCCAAGCCCCGGCGCUGCGGUGAUGGGCGCUGCAGGGAGCGACUCCGUGCCAGAGAGAGCAGCCCAGACAAGCCUUCCCCGCGGGGAUGAGGAGCAGGAGCGGGACCGGGCAGGGGGGGAGCCAGCCUCCCCCUGCGUCCAGGAGCCCUCGGUUCCAGCUGGAAGACGUCUCCCACGGGGUCAGUGGCCGUAGCGGGGCCGGAGCAGGGACACCGGGACCCAGCCCAGAGGAAUGGCGGUGGGAGCAGCUACUGCUAGGAUCACCAAAUGUUAAAAAGACAGGGUUUUCCAAGACGUUUGGUGGGAAACGACGCUGACACAGCUGUUGUCGGGCAGCACUUAGCUUGGAACAGAUAUCCGAAGCCUGGAAUGCCCUGUUGCUUGGGCUCCCGGCAGGGUGCCAGGGGUGAUGCUGGCAGGACUCAGCGAUCCACGCGGUGCCGUCUCCCUCCCCGCAGGUGCUGCCUGCUGUGCUCAGAGGUGUUUUCUCCGUUCUUGCCGUUGGAUGGGAUCCCAUCGGUGGGCAUGCGUGUGCCACACAAGCGCUUGGCAUGGCUGUGUCCCCGUGACCAACACGGGACGCCCGGGGCCUGGCUGCCGUCAGCCACGGCCCAGCCCUGCCAGCACCGUUCUGCCUCAGCUGCAGGACGUGUUUGACACCUUGUGCCAAGCUGGGAGGAGGAGGAAGAGGAGGGUGACAUGUUUUCCCCUGUGUGACGGGGACAUGCCUCCCCGCAGCUGUGCCAGAGGCGUGCAGUGCGGCAGCUUAUCAACACAGCGUGUUUUCCUCCGAGACGAGUCUUCUGGCAGCAGCCAAGGGACAGCUUAAAAGCUGGCCAAGGGUCACUGUCAAAGGUCCCGCUUUCUCCAAAUAAUGUCACAAACUCUGUGCUCACAUGGAUGCUCUUGCAAGAGGUCCCGGAAACCGGGAAAAUUACCCAGCUCAUAAAACUUGCAGUGAGGAAACCCUCAGCAAAGUGCAGGGACACUCUCCCACACAGCCAUGGCUGUGCAGCCCCCGGGGAGGGAGGAGAGGCAGCAGCCACCUGCCAGCACCCUGGGCUGGGGUCUGCAGUGAGUGGGGGAUCCAGGGAAAGAAUCCCCAGAGCCCCUGCAGGGCUGCAUCAGCCCCCCAGCAGGUUUCUUGGGGAGCUCACAGAUUCCCACCUGGAGAAAGCACAGCACAGCAGCGUGGGCUGCCCUCUGCACUCACAUCCCCAGCCACCUGUGCGCGCCCUGGGGUGGGCUGUCCCUGUGGAGUCGGGCACAGCCGGGCAGGGGCUGGCAGAGGGCACAGCCGAGGCACCGGGUGGGCGACCCUCACAGAGUCUCCCCGCCUGGGAGCCUCUUUUUUAAUACCUCCUCGCUUAUGGGCUUUUCUGUAUAAAUAGAGCAUGCAGUUCCUGUUUAGGGAAGCUGGCAGACGGCGCAGCGAGGUUUAGUGUUACGGCCCCACGCGAAGGUGGGCGGCGGCCCGGGCAGAGAUACCCGGGCACGGUGCGGGGACACCGGGGCACGGUGCGGGGACACCCGGGCACGGUUCAGUGACACCCGGGCACGGUGCGGGGACACCCGGGCACGGUUCAGUGAUACCCGGGCACGGUGCAGGGACACCGGGGCACGGUGCGGGGACACCCGGGCACGGUGCGGAGAUACCCGGGCGUAGUGCAGGGAUCUCUCCUGGGAUUCCCGCAGGAUGCGUGCUCACCGGGCAGUGCCGUGCCCGCUGCCGGCCGGGACAGCCCAGCUCCCGGCGCUGCUGGCUGUGUGCCGCCGGCUCUGGCCGGGCUGGAGCCGUCCUGCCUGUUUGCACAAGCGCCGCAGUGGCCGUGGGGGAGGUCAGGGGCCCCGGGGACGUGCGAGCCUGGCGAGGUGGUGUUUGGGGAGGGGGUCCCUGCCCCGCUCCCUGCUGAGAACUUGAUUAGAUUCUGCUCAAUUUACAGCCCUUUGGCUUCCUGGUGUUUCCCUUCAGCCAGCAGGACCUGGUUUCCCUUUGAACGAAAGAGGGUUUUUUGAAAUGCAAAAUGUGUGAAGUUUUGCAGCCCUUCAGAAAGGGGAGGAAGCCCCUGGCCCGUGUGGGCUGUGGGAGCUCCGUGCCCGGCUCAGGGAGUGCCCCGGUGCCACCAGCGCAGCAGCCCUGCGGCAGCAAGGAGCAUCCCUGCGCGGGCGGCCCUGGCUGCUGCCUUGUGGCAGGACGUGGAGCCCGCGGGCCUGUGCCCUUUCCCACGCCGCUCUGCGCUCCGCUGUGGUCCGGGGAGGACCGGGAGCCAGAGCUCAGCUUGUUUCCCAGCUCUGCCACCGUUCUCUUUCCCAGGAUGAGUCAGAGUCCCUGUGGGCAGAGCCCUGUCCCUCCGGGGUCACCGCACUGCCUCUCCCUGCUCUCCCACCCUGCGGGGUGCUUGGAGCGGGCACAUGGGACACCCAGAGCGGCCUGGCCGUGCUCCUGCCAGCCCGGGGGUCCCCCGCAGGUGCACAGCCGGUGGCAGGGGUCGGGAGGGACUCAGCUCCCCUGUUCCUGAGCACAGCGGGAGAAAUGAGCUAAAGCAGCCGAAAAGCACCCUGGGCUCCGUAGCGUGAAUCAGGGCCAUGUGUGGAAACAAGGGAGUCCUUGAGCCUGUGCCUCGGGCCAUCGCGGCAGACUGAGGGGCCGAGCUCACCCCGAGGUGGCUGCAUGUCACCGCAAACAACGGAGCCUGUGUGGGCUCGGAGCCCUGCAGCGGGGGCACAGAGGCGCUGCUGGGUCUUCUUGCCACCAUCCCUGCUCGCUGAGGUCUUGCUGGAGGCUGGGAAGCAGCCACAGAAAUGAGACUGAAGUACCUGGGCCACAAAACACUGCAGGGAUGAGCAGCUCCGUGGGCUUUGUCUCUGCCAGCCUGGUGGGACAGGGUGCUCUGGACCAGACAGUGCCUCACUCCUUUGGGCACAGCCACGAGCCCCGGCGGCAGUGGGACAUCUCUGGGCAAGCGGCAGUGAGGGAGCUGGCUGUGAUGGUCUGCUGGGGUUGGCGAGGCCCUGCGGGACACCCGGGUGGGACACCGGGCUCAUCACGUGUCCCGCAGGCUCUGGGCGAUGUGGACCAGGUCCGGAUGACCUCAGAGGGCUCCGACUGCCGCUGCAAGUGCAUCCUGCGGCCGCUGAGCAAGGACGCCUGCAGCCGCGUCAGGAGCGGCAGCGCGCGCGUGGAGGAUUUCUACACCGUGGAGACGGUGAGCUCGGGGGCUGACUGCAAGUGCUCCUGCACCGCGCCCCCCUCCUCACUCAACCCCUGCGAGAAUGAGUGGAAGAUGGAGAAGCUGAAGAAACAGGCCCCUGAGCUCUUCAAGCUGCAGGCCAUGGUGGACCUGCUGGAGGGAACGCUGUACAGCAUGGACCUGAUGAAGGUGCACUCCUACAUCGGCAAGGUGGUGGCACAGAUGAACACGCUGGAGGAGACCAUCAAGACCAACCUGAGCAGGGAGAAUGACUUCAUGAAGGAGAGCGUCCAGCACCUCACCGACCAGAUGAAACGCUACGAGAACUACUCUGACAUCAUGAUCAGCAUCAAGAAGGAGAUCUCCAACCUGGGCUACCAGCUGCUGCAGAAGGAUGCGGCUGCCAUCCCCGAGAGCAAGGCACAGGACACGACAGGUGGCCGAGAGAAGGAGGCAGGACGGUACCCCAGCACCCGCAAGGCUCUGGGGGACAGGGCAGGCCCCCGAGCGCCCAAGGAGAAGCCGCUGAAGCCCGAAAAGCCCAAAAAGGAGAGCACCAAGGCCAGGGCGGGGUCACAGCCCACGGCCAAGCCCAAGCCCCUGGCGCAGCAGCAGACGGUGGUCCGAGGCAUCACCUACUACAAGGUCGGGCAGGCGGGAGCGGCGGAGGGUACGGCCGGCAGCCGCGAGGGCCCUGGGAGAGGGGCAGCCGUGUCAGAGCAGCAGGAGGACAGGGGCCCCCCGCCCCCCUCAGCUGAGGGCAGCCCAGCCCAAGCUGUCGCGCAGACGGAGGGCACCGUGCCCAGCAGCACGGCUGUGCCCAGCACCGCCCCGGCCCCGCGCGGCACCGCCCUGGGGCAGGGCGCUGACAGCACCGGGGAGACACCCAACCGAGUGAAGGAGGCAGAGUGCGAAGGCACCAUCGAGUCGGUGGAGCCCCCCACGGAGCACCACAGCUACGGGCGCAACGAGGGGGCCUGGAUGAAGGACCCGGCAGCCAAGGAUGGCCGCAUCUACGUCACCAACUACUACUAUGGGAACAGCCUGGUGGAGUUCAGGAGCCUCGACAACUUCAAGCAGGGCCGCUGGAGCAACCUCUAUAAGCUGCCCUACAACUGGAUUGGCACCGGGCACGUGGUGUACAGAGGGGCCUUCUACUACAACCGUGCCUUCACCAAGAACAUCAUCAAGUACGACCUGAAGGAGCGGUACGUGGCAGGCUGGGCGCAGCUCCACGACGUGGUGUACGAGGACACGACGCCCUGGAAGUGGAGGGGCCACUCGGACAUCGACUUCGCUGUGGAUGAGAGCGGGCUCUGGGUCAUCUACCCCUCGGUGGACUACGACUACUCCCAGCAGGAGGUGAUCGUCCUCAGCCGACUUGACCCCGUGGACCUCUCGGUGCGCAAGGAAACCACCUGGAAGACGGGGCUGAAGCGCAACACGUACGGGAACUGCUUCAUCAUCUGUGGCAUCCUCUAUGCUGUGGACACCUACAGCCAGAAGGAAGGGCAGAUCUCCUACGCCUUCGACACGCACACAGACACGGAGGCAGAGCUCCGACUGCCCUUCCUCAACCACUACUCCUUCACCACGCAGGUCGACUACAACCCCAAGGAGAAGGUGCUCUAUGCCUGGGACAACGGCCAUCAGAUGACCUACGGGCUCCGCUUCGUGGUCUGAGUGCCCGGGCGGGUCCCACUGCACUCCUGUGCCCACCCUGCGCCGUGCCUGGCUGGGGCACCCUGACGCAGCCCGGCCCUGGCACCCCCACUCCAGCCAGGGCUGCGGCAAGAGCCUGGCUUCCACUCCAAACCCUUCCCCAUCACCUGCGCCGUGCCCACCGUGCUGCAGGGCAGGGGGAGCACGCAAGAGCAGCCCCCAGCAGACACCCCUGUGACAACGUGGCCCCUGGGGCCGUGGCAGCUCGGCCAGCCUCGCCUUCCCGGGGACACAAGGAGCCCAGCCCCGCGUCCCUGUGCCGCUGCUGGCACCGCCCGCCCUGCAGCAGCGCCCUGAGCGCCUCCUGCACCGCCCCAGCCCGGCCACGCUCCCCGCACGCCCGAGUGCCACCGCUGCCAGCCGUGCCAGUGCCGGGACAGCCCUGUGCCCUCGUGUGCCCCGUGGGGAGGGCGGGCCCCCUCACUGCCAGGCGUCAGGAACAGGUGCCAGUCGCUAUUUUAGGAAGUGUGGUUAAGAUGCCUCUGCUUUUGCUGAUCAUGAGUUUGUUAUUUAAAUGCAUUCACUGGAUGCAAGGGGACGUGCAAGUCCCCUUCGGCAGCAGGCGUGGAGGAGCCUGCCUGGAGUGUCCAGCCUGCACAGCAACCUGCACACCUGCCCUGUCACCUGCCCUGUCACCUGCCCUCACAUCUGCCCUCUCACCUGCCCUCUCACCUGCCCUCUCACCUGCCCUCUCCCCUGCCCGCACCCAGCACUGGGCAGGGCAGCCCUCCGGCCUCUCCCUCUCGGUGUGAGGCAGAGCAAGGGGCUGCUUGGCUUGGUUUUGGUCAUUUUAGACGUGAGCAGUACUAAAACAUAACAGAUGUGAGA